UGCUACUGCCGGUUUGGCGUGCUCGAUCUGUGACGCGCAGUUGAGUCUCUGCUUUUCAUUCUAAAACCAGCCCGGGCAGGGAGUAACACCGGCAAGAUGGCGGCGCGGUGGGGAACAGGCGAGGAGACGUUAACUGCGUGCAAUAUGGAGUUUUUCCCCCUCGAUACACUAAACGAGACUUCUGGGUUGAGCUCUGAAGAAACUCUGGAAGUCCUUCAAAACUGCUUAGACCCUUCGAUCCUUUCAAUCUUUGAAGACACACCAACAAUAGAGACUAAAGGACUAGAUGAGGAGAGUGAAGCCACGCUGCUAACUGCCCUAACGGAGAUACUUGACAAUGUGGAUGAUGAGAACCUGUCUCCAUUUGACACACUGCCUGACUCGGACCUAUUGUCAGGUCAGAAGGGCAGAGAACACUCUCCGCUCAGGAGAUUGCUGUGUCUGUCCCGUUCCCCUCCAGAGAAAGACUCGCUAAGUAGACCAAUAUCAACUGGAAAGAGUCUCCCCAGGAUACAAAGAGACUCUCUCCAGAGGAGUGAUGGGGAGGAAGAAGAUGAUGGCUCCUUCACUCUGAGCCCAGUUGAACAUGAUUUAUCUUGUGACAAUGAACUGUUUGACUGGAAAGGCCAGACCCUCCCACUUCCUGUUACUUUUGAGCAGGAAGGUGAAGAUGGUGUUUCCAUUAGCCUGGGAGACUUGGUCAGGCAUAUGCACCCAUAUUGUAUGGCCAUUUGUUUAGAAAAUGACGAGGGAGAACAGAUGUUGCCUGAAGGAGGCAUCUUACUUGAGGUUGUGGACCAGGGAGAAAAUGGAGAACCUAUACUAGCCAUCCCCAACAUGGAUCUCCCAGUGUCACUACCACUUAGAGAGCAGUUGUCGGAAAUUGAGCAGAAAAAUAUAGAUGAAGCAGAAGAGGUGGCCUCUGAUACUUCAGAGCAUAUAAUUGUUGUUGAUGAAAACACAAUGGAGGUUGAGCCUCCAGUAAAGGUAACAUCCCCUGCAAUGCCAGGUGGAUCUGAAGAUGUUAAAGAUGAGAAGGUUGUUAAGAGACAGAAAAAAGAUGUUAAAGAAAAAAGCUGCUCUAUGAGAAAAAAGAAAAAGGAAUGUAAGGACCAAUGCCAGUCCAAACCUGUAGAAGGUAGAGUACUUAGGAGUGGCACAGUAAGACAGACCGCAUCGAAGGUUCCCACAAAACCUGGAAAGACGUCAGUAAAACAGGAAAAGAAACUCAAGGUCCCUCACGCCUCAUCUCCAACUCCUUCCUCUGUAAAACCUAAGAAAAUAAAUCCAUGCCAAAGUGAUGCACAAGUAAAAACCACAACUACAACACCUUUGCCUGAAAUGAAUGUUCAAGUUGCCACAUGUAUGUCACCCAGCCAGGACACUGCGCUGUUAAAAAAUAACCCAGAGACAAGUCAGCGUAGCUGUACACCCACAGCACUGAGCUCCCAACAGCCUGAAGAAAUCCUUAAACAGGCAAUUUCAGCCCCUGCGAAGCUGGCAGUCUCAUCAGCAGCCCCCUCUGCUGCCCUUGCCCCUCUGUUCACAGAGACAUUUGCAGCUGCUCAAAGUCCUGUACCACCCCAGCUCACACCACCUGUUUGUGAAGCCCUCCCUCCUGUGGCCACUGUAGUCCCAGAGCCGAAACCUAAAUCCCUCAGCCUAGCGGAGUACCGGCGGCUCAGACAACAGAAAAAGCCAGCACCUGUAGAAAAAAUGGAGACCAACAGCACCAAGUGGCCCAGCCUUCCAGAGCUUCCUAAAGAGCUUCCCCCAAUUCCCUGCCUGCCUGACCCCAGCCCCAAGGAUCCUCGACGCCCCAACCCUCAGGCAGCUAAAAAGGAAGAGGAGGAGGUCAAAACUGCGUGGCACCCAAGGGGACCAGCUGCACCACCCACUCCUGAGGCACUGCUGGUACCACCAGCCUACAUGGUCGCUUCAUCCAGCAAAGUUUCAGCUGCUACUCCUGUUGCUAAACCCCCGCAAAUGUCUGAAUCAUCCAAACCUGAAUCUGUAGCUGCUGUCCCUAAUUCAAUGAAGGAGUCAUCCAUGCAUCACCAUGCUCAACCUGCAGUGCCUUCAGUGCAUCAGAGUUCUUCCCCAGCUUCUUUAAAUGAGGCUAGUAAGUCAGUGUCGUCAGCAGGUGACAAAUGCUGUCCGACACUUUCAGGAGAAAAUAGUGGGUCCCAAUCUCAUCCUGUCUCUCAUAAGUCUGUACAGCUCAAUGAAGGUUGUACCAAAACCACUACAGUGUUGGUCAAACCAAAUGCUGCUACUCCACCUGCCCCUAAUAUUCCCCAGAAGACCAAUGUUCUCCAGAAUGUGGCUGACAUCACUGCUGCUACCACAAUAAACUGCCCUAUUACAGCUGAUUGCGAGUCCUCCAAGCCCGUUGACAUCGGUGCCCGAAUCGGCCCUCCGAUAGCUGCUCAGUCCUCAGACUCCCUGAGAUUCGAAGAAAAACCUGUCAGACUUGAAGCAAAACAGAAACCCACUACAGUAGUGAAUCCCCAAAAGGCAAAGAAUCCCACAGAGGAGCUCAUUGAAGCCUUCACCAGUGAGAUGGGUAUAGAAGCUGCUGAUCUGACCAGCUUGUUGGAGCAGUUUGAGGAAACCCAAGCCAAAGAAGAGCAUUGUGUGCCGGAGGUCUCUGGUAGAGCAGUAGCUGUAGGAAACUCGAGUCUUCAGUUGGCUCCUGAGAAAACCAUUGUGGAGCGCGUUAGAGCUAAUGACCUCGCCAGUUCUGCAGCUUUGACUCCUCCAGCUACUCCUCCUCACCAGAUGUGGAAACCUCUGGUCCCUGUGACUCUGCUGGGGAAGAGCAAAGCAGCUGAGGCCUCCAAGUCAAGCCCCUCCAAGGUUAUCCAGAUAGAAGCUCGGCCUCUGCCCUCGUUCAAGUCCCGUAGUAAACCCACUCCUGUCUGUGCCCCUGUGGACCCCAGCCUGGCAUGCAUGGAUCAUGACUAUUGCCUACCCAACAAAGGCACUUCUCCUGGAGAGCCAGGCAGGCGCUGGAAUGUCAAACAACAAACUUUCAUCACUAUUAAACCUAUCAAGCAAUCCACUACAACCACCACACAGACUUGUGUCCAAUCUACCACAAGUGCCACAGUUGCAACCAAAACGCAAGGUUUUCCAGCGACAGAUGCCCUGGAUCACAGCUAUGUCCUGGAAACUCCUGACGCUUCGCCUGCUCAACAGGAGACGGAGUCCACUGAUAAAGUAGAGAGCCCCAGGAGAAGAACCUAUGAGAGGGUCUACCGUCGACAUGCUGCCUCCCGCACACCCAGCCCCGCAUCUAGCCCCAAAGAGAGGACUGGAGGUCGUUCUAGAAAAAGGAGGAGAUCACACCAUUCUCCCAGCCCUAUGUCCAGCAGUUCGGAGUCAGACUCUCAUUCUUCUAGAUCUCGGUCGAGAUCACCUGCUCCAUCCAAGAAAAGGUAUCGCCCCCGUCACUCUGAGAGCAGUUCCAGCUCCUCGUCCCGUUCCUCAUCUCGGUCCUCUACCCCUAUGUCCCGUUCCCCUCCCAGGCGGAGGAGGUAUUCAUAUUCCUCGUCUCACUCUGGCUCAUGGAGUGGCUCGAGGUCACACUCUCGCUCCCCUGACAGAUCAGCACAGUGGAGAAGCAGAGCAUGGCGCAGUCCCUCAUAUAGACCUGGUUAUGGUCAGAAUGCACAUACGUGUGUGGAACAGAUCCAGAGACGCAAGGAAAAGGCAAUUGAGGAGCGUCGGAUUGUUUAUGUGGGUCGUAUUCGAGGUACCAUGACCCAAAAAGAACUUAAAGAGCGCUUCUCCUUAUAUGGUGAAAUUGAGGACUGCACCUUGCACUUUAGAGACCAUGGGGACAACUAUGGCUUUAUCACUUACUAUGAUACAAAAGAUGCUUUCAGGGCCAUUGAAAAUGGAAGCAAGUUGCGCAAGCCAGAUGAGCUGCCAUUUGAUCUGUGUUUCGGUGGGAGGAGACAGUUCUGCCAGUCCAACUAUGCUGACUUGGAUUCAAAUAGAGGGUACGAUCCAUCGCCUGUGAAGGGCAAGUUUCAUGCACUAGACUUUGACACUUUACUCAAGCAGGCCAAGCAGAAUCAGAAGAGGUAACAGGAGGCCUGCGGCAGGAAGCAGCUGACACUUACCUCAGAGCCAAGAACUGGCUCCUCACCUGCAACACUGUCUUUACAUUACAUUACAAGUUGUUGCAUUAGUUUGUUUGUUUUGAGGUUUUUUUGUUUUCUGCAAGCUAACACCUUCUAUUGAAGUGAAGAUUUAUAAUUAAAGUAGUAAAAGAAGUCCAAAAAAAAUAAGUGAAAUUAAAUUCUUUUUUUAAACAUUUUAUUUAAAUGUAAAAUCAAGCUUGAAUUGUAUGGAGAGAAAUGUUUUAAAAAGGGGGAAAAUAAGAGAGAUGGAGCUCCCUAUAUUGUAAAGUAUGUAAUACAUUUCAAUGUACUACAAACUAAAAUAAAAAACUGAAAUGUA